CCAACUUCAACUUCCUCACAGACUUAUCAUGCCUGCUUCUGCCUUUGCUUCUCACCAACUUAGCGAUCUUCUUGGGGACUUCUACUCCAGAAGACUACUCCUCCACAACCCACUUUACCCUCCACCCAUCUCCCCUUCUUCAACCCCGCACGACACAUCUUCUUCUUCUCCAGAUCAGUACCCCGGUGACAACAGCUUCGAUGCCAAUGUGGUCAUGGUGCUCUCAGUCCUCCUCUGCGCUCUGAUUUGCUCUUUGGGGCUCAACUCCAUCAUAAAGUGCGCUCUGAGGUGCUCGAGCUUCGUGGCCUCGGAAUCUUCUUCCUCCAGUGAUAACUCAGCGAGGCUCGCUAACACCGGAGUUAAGAAGAAAGCCCUUAAGACUUUUCCGAUCGUUAGUUACUCAGCUGAUCUUAACCUUCCCGGGUUGGACACUGAGUGCAUGAUUUGUUUGUCGGAGUUUACAACCGGCGAGCGCGUCAAGCUACUUCCCAAGUGUAACCAUGGAUUCCACGUGAGGUGCAUCGAUAAGUGGCUGAGUUCUCACUCUUCAUGCCCUAAAUGCCGGCAAAGCUUGAUCGAGACCUGUCAGAAGAUCGUUGGCUUCAGCCAGGCGUCUAGCUCGUCGGACACAACUCGUGCUGUUCCUGUGCAGGAAACUGUAGUAAGCAUUGUAGCACUUCAACCUGAAGGGUUUAUCCGUAAUUAUAGGGAAACUAUUAGCUAAUCAAAGAGCGCUAAUUAUAGGGUUUAAAAUUCUUUUCUGUUAGC